AUGCUGCUGCGGCAAUGCGAUGCUUACGACUCCUCUCUGUCUCUCCCAAUUUACACACACAACAUCAACAUCCAAUUCAUCACCAAAGCCACUACCGCAGCUAACACUGCCGAACAAAUCCCAAACUGUCAACAGCGACACCUGCGACGUCGAACACACAUGACGCUACAGACGCAACAUCGCCUCCACUCCAUUGCUCCUAUUUCAACUUCAACUCCUCAGCGUGCGAUUCCAAGAAACAAUCUGCAACCACACCUUCCGCUGUCUCUGUAUCGUUCUCUUUGCUCUCACCACAAUGUCACCUGCCAAUUAACCACUAGCCAACUAGAAAUGACCCUGCUUAAGCCAUCUUCCUUUUAA